AUUUCUACAAAUUAGGCAAAAAUGAAGACUUAAAGCCCUAAUCUUCUUCUUCUUCAUUCAGUUCCCAUUUCUACGGCAAGGGUUUUACUGAACCUCCUCUCUUUUGGAAACCGUAGAAAUCAUGUCUCUCUAUCAUUCUAUCCUUCGUUCAGUUCGGCGUUCUUCUUCCUCAACCACCACUCUCAGAUCAUUUUCAUAUUAUUCAGCUCAGCAAAUCCCACCUCCACCACCACUUUCCUCCGAUUCUAAUACUGAUCAUACAACCUCUUCCAAUUACUACACUCCUAACCCUAAUCCCACCACCACCACAAAUCACAACCAAUCAUAUCAAUACUCACCGCAACAACCUCCCUCGUAUCAAUACCCACCACAACAACCUCCCUCAUAUCAAUACCCACCACAACAACCUCCCUCGUAUCAAUACGCACCACAACAACCUCCCUCUUAUGGGCCUUCCUCUCCCACAGCUACUACUACUGCUCCUCCCCCAUUCAGAAAUGUUCUCGAACCUAACCCUAAUUCCACCACCACCACCGGAAAUGUUUCUGAGACGACCCCUAAUUCCACCACCAAACCCUUUAAAAAUGUCUUUGAGCGAAGCACUAGUUCUACCACUCCUAGCUCUAUUUUGUCCAAUUAUAAUUCUAGUUCUGUUAAUGGAACACAACCUCCUCCUCGUUAUGGAUUCUCUUCAGCAGAAGAAGCUGCGGCUGAACGACGUCGUCUCAAGCGUCGCCUUCGUAUUGAGCCACCACCUCAUGCUCUACGCCGUGAUCCUGCAGCACCACGCCCUCGUCCUGAUCCUAAUGCUCCACGCCUCCCUGAUUCCACCUCUGCGCUUGUUGGUAACCGACUCAAUCUCCACAAUCGAGUGCAGUCCUUAAUUCGAUCUGGUGAUCUUGAUGGUGGUGCUGCCUUAGCUCGACAAGCAGUUUUCUCUAAUACAAAGCCAACUGUAUUCACUUGUAAUGCAGUCAUGGCUUCCAUGUAUAGAGGUGGACGUUAUGAAGAUGCCGUUAACCUUUUUCGGUAUUUCUUCAUUCAGUGCUAUAUUAUUCCAAAUGUUGUUUCUUAUAAUGUCCUAAUCAACACUCACUGUGAUGCUAAACGUGUUGAUGCUGCGUUGGAUGUUUAUAAUCAGAUUCUUAGUCAUGCCCCUUUUAGUCCUUCCCCGGUAACUUAUAGACAUCUUACUAAAGGACUUGUUGAAUCUGAUCGUAUUACUGAAGCCGUUGAUCUUCUUCGUGAGAUGCUUAUUAAAGGUCAUGGUGCUGAUUCAUUAGUAUAUAAUAAUCUCAUUUCAGGGUUUUUGGAAUUGGGAAAUCUUGAAAGGGCAUUAGAAUUUCUUGAUGAACUUCGUGAAAGAUGUCUUGUUUAUGAUGGGGUUGUACAUGCCACUUUCAUGGAUUGGUAUUUCAAACAAGGAAGAGAGAAAGAGGCAAUGGAAAGCUAUCAAAAUCUCUUGGAUCGCCAAUUUAAGAUGACACCUGUUACUUGCAAUGUUCUUCUAGAGGUACUUUUGAAGCAUGGUAAAAGUUCAGAAGCUGAAACGUUAUUCCAAAGUAUGUUAGAUUCACAUGCACCGCCGAACACCCUGAGUGUUAAUUCCGAUACAUUUAAUAUAAUGGUGAAUGAGUGUUUCAAAUUGGGUAAGAUUUCAGAAGCUGUGACAGUUUUUAAGAGAGUUGGAACAAAAGAGAAGUCAAAACCUUAUCAGAUGGAUGCCGCUUGUUUUAAUAACAUUAUGGGAAAACUUUGUGAGAAUGGGAUGGUUUCUGAUGCAGAGGAGUUAUUUGCAGAAAUGCCCAAGAAACAAGUCUGCCCGGAUUUUACUAGUUACAAGAUUUUUAUUGAGCAUUACUUGAAAAAAGAAAGAGUAGAUGAUGCAGUUCAAUUUUUUAAUAAAAUGUCUGAGACCAGUAUAAGACCUGGCAAGGGUUUUUGUGAUAAGGUUUUUGAUGAAUUAGUGAAAAGAGGUAGAAUCGAGGAGGCUUCAGAUAUUAUUGGGAGAAUGGGAGAGAAAGAUGUGAAGCCUGAUCCAUUGAGUUAUGAGUACGUGGUUAUGGGGUUGAAUAAUGUUGGAAGAUUAGACCGUGCUCGGGACUUAUUGGACCAGAUGGUAAAAAACAAAAUUGCAGUCACUCCUAACCUUCGAGCUAAUGUAUUCGAUGUUUUUGGGAAAGAAGGCAGAAUUCAUGAGAUCGAGAGACUAUUAGGGAGGCAAUGUGAAAAAACUUCAGUUCCUUCUCCGGCACCUCAUGGUUCCACUCCCAUGAGCAGACAGUAUGGAGCAUCAUCAUCAGCUCCACUUCAGAAGCCAGGGCAGGAAAUGGGAUUUCAGAAUACACAAUCAAACUGAUAUUUCUGAAUCCUUUCCAUUCUCCUUAAUUUUGAUUUGAGUUCAAAUAGACACUGGUUCUUAAUUUAAUCUAAGUGAAUCUUUGUCAGUGACCCGUGUUAAAAGCUUGAGAAAGUCCAUAAUCAGAAGAGGGAUAGAGGUGUGGGGAUAUCAUUCAUGUGAGUACAAUGUUAUAGUUGUAAGUUAUCAUUUAUUAUCCAGUGAUUCUAAAUAUUCUUGGUUGUUGAUACCUGUGCUUCAUAAUAUUAAUUAAUUAAUAAGAUGUUUCUUCUACUCGUAA